AUCACCCUAGUUUAGUUUGAUUACGGCUGUUACGAGGCUGACGGGGACCUGUGAGUGCCCGAGUGUUUGUCACAGUAGAUCCUGCUCCAGCACACACAGCAGCACUGGAGAGCAAGGUUACCCUCGAGGAGCUACCAGGCAUCCACGUCACCAUGGAUCUCAACCAUAUCGCGGAUAAAGAACAUUACACCAGUGACUUUGGGAAUUAUACCUACAAUCUGCGGCCAGACUUUCCGCUAGGAGUAGUACUGCUGGACUUGGACGAGAAGGAGGUUCCUCGCAUCGCCACUCGGGUAGUGGAUAAGCUCAUCUCCUACGACCAGGUGCCCAUCGACCAGCGUGAGGCCGUUAUACGCAUCCUCUUGCACAAACACAAUUCCUCCCAGGAAACAAGCAGCACCGAAGAAAAGCCAAAUUUGGGUGGUCGGCGGCGUUCAUCUGUUCGCAAGCUGCCAGUACCCAAUAAUUUCCCUCAGACCGAUGGAGGCAACACUACCGAUGAACCUAAUGGUGUGGUGUCCAAUGGCACAAUCCCAAAGGACCUGAAAAGUUGCGCUCGUCACAACUCGUUCACUGAGGUAAGCAAGAUCGAAAUAGAUGAGAAUGUGUUGUUCAAGAAUAAGGAGGCCAAGAAGAAGAGUGUGUCCGAGGGCGGGGAGAUGACAGCGGUGAUGGCUGGUGGCGUGAGCUUCCUUGAGAGCCCCAUCCUCGCCUUCGUCAGGCUGUCUGAAGGCGUCGUGCUACAGGAUCUUAUAGAAGUUUCCAUGCCUGUAAGGUUCAUAUUUGUCCUCCUUGGACCCUUCCACGACGAGAAGGACUACCACGAGAUUGGUCAUUCCAUCUCCACCCUGAUGGCCAGUAAGGUGUUCCGCGAGGCAGCGUACACGGCCAACACCCGGGAUAAAAUACUUAUAGCAGCUAAUGAGGUUUUACCUCCUGUCUCGUGGACAGCAAACAUGAAUGGCAUGGAUGUCGCUCAGAUCAUGAAGAAGAGAGAGAGCAUCAUGAUGAAGAGCGCUCAGUGUGAAGAAGCUGCAGCUGCAGCCGCAGCAGCAAUGGCGGCAGCUUCUCCGGGAGAGGGCGAUGACGGAGACAAGAAACCUCCAACACGAGACCCUCUUAUUCGUAUAGGGAAGCCUUUCUAUGGCUUGUACCUGGACAUACGGGACCGCUACCCCAAGUACCCCUCCGACAUUAUAGACGGCUUCAGCGGACAGGUGGCGGCGGCAACCAUCUUCAUCUUCUUUGCUGCCCUCUCACCCGCCAUCACCUUUGGUGGCAUGUAUGGUGACAUGAUGGAUAACUACAUUGGAGUCGGAGAAUGUCUCCUCAUGUCUUCUGUGAAUGGCGCCAUCUUUGCCCUUUUUGCCGCGCAGCCCUUGCUUAUUGUGGGCGCGACGGGUCCUCUCAUGGUCUUUGACAUGAGUCUCUACCAAUUCGCCAAGACGAAUGAACUUGAUUUCCUGGCCAUGAGAGUGUGGAUUGGCUUGUGGAUGACUAUUAUUGGCCUGCUGGUCUCCGCAACUGAGGCUGUCGCCCUGGUGAGGAAGUUCACCAGGUUCACCGAGGAGAUCUUCGCCACGCUGGUCUGUCUCAUCUUCAUCUAUGAAGCCGUCUCCAAGACGGCAGGCAUCUUCGUGUCUCACCCGCUUCUUGAGGAGUACGGGUGUGGCGAUGACAUCCUUCCUUCGCCAUUGACAACUAUGGACGACUUCAUGAACGGUACAGAGAUGAGCAUCAAUGGCACCGCCGAAGUCCUUCCUGUGAAAAAGAAGAUAAUCCCCCAGCCCAACACCGCCCUCCUCUCCCUCAUCCUCAUGCUGGGGACCUUUGUCAUCGCCAUUAAGCUCAAGUACUUCCGUAACUCCAAGUACUUAGGAAGAAGUGCACGCCGAGCUCUGGGAGACUUUGGUGUGCCCAUCGCCAUUGUUCUCAUGGUGGCAUUGGACUACGUCAUCAAACACACGUACACCGACAAGCUGACAAUGCCUGAAGGCAUACAGCCCUCCAACCCUAAAAUCCGCGGCUGGUUUAUUAACCCGUUCGGGCAGGAGAAACCGCUUCCAGUGUGGUGCAUGUUCGCUGGAGCCCCCGCCUCCAUCCUCGUCUUCUUCCUCGUCUUCCUCGAAGAAAACAUCUGCCAUCUGAUUUUGAGCAAGCCAGAGCGGAAGCUGGUCAAAGGAACAGGUUUCCAUUGGGAUCUUUUGCUUUCGUGCUUCAUCAACUUCCUCUCCGGCCUCCUGGGAGCUCCGUACAUGGGCCCUGCCUGUGUUCGGACCGUGGCCCACGCCUCCGCCCUCACCGUCACAGCUCCAGGACCCAACCCUGGUGAUCCGCCUCAGAUUGCAGGUGUCAGAGAACAGAGAGUAAGCAGUCUCGUGGUAUCCAUUUUGGUAGGGUUGGCUGUCCUUCUCUCAGACGCCCUGAACCUGGUGCCAAAGGCAGUGUUGUUUGGUGUCUUCCUCUACAUGGGUAUUGCCUCCACUGCUGGCAUUCAUUUCCUGGAGAGGACCGUUCUCAUGUUCAUGCCAGUCAAGUAUCACCCUGAUAUGCCUUACGUUAAGAAGGUUCGCACACUGAAGAUGCAUAUCUUCACCGUGAUACAGUUGACGGCGCUGGGCGUGUGUUGGGGCGUGAAAGAGUCUCCAGCAGCCCUGGCUCUGCCCUUCGUCCUCAUACUCCUCAUCCCUAUUAGGCUCUAUCUUCUACCCUUCAUUUUCACCAAACCCGAGCUCAGUGCUCUCGAUGGCACAGAAGCCAUGAAGACCGACGAUACUGAUGAACCAGACUUUUAUGAAGCUCAGCACGCGCUCCCGACAGACGCUGACCACGACCACCAGAGCUGAGGCACCGCGGGACGUGCUCGUCACCAGAGCUGAGGCAGAGCGGGACGUGCUCAUCGCCAGAGCUGAGGCAGAGCGGGAUGUGUUGAUCGCCAGUGCUGAGGCAGAGCGGGACGUGUUGAUCACUUUGCUUGCCCAGUCACUUACCCGUGUACUGCUGCCUCUGCUUUGUGUACAUACCUUAUAAACCCAAGUUUUAAUUUUAUGGUAGUGUCUACAUUCAAUUAACAACAAAAUAUCCAGUUGUGUACGAGGAAAUUUAGAUUAAUUUUACACCAUUUAUGUAAGAUCCAGUAAGUGGUAGCAAUAAUAUUACGAUUUACGGUUUCAUAGUUUAUUUUUACACUCCAGACGUGAGAGGUACAACCAUGGCAACCCGUCCUCUUGAAUAGUGCAUCCCAUUCUAACGUAUAAUGCCCCCCCCCCCCAAAGGCCAAUAACUGAUGUACUAAAAAUUACCGAGGCUGGCAAAAUUGACGUGAUGUUCCGUUUUCUAUUCGCGGGUCCUCUUGUUAAGUAAGGUUCGGCCAAUUUAAUACAUCAGUUUAGUGACGUUGUGAAUACUUGAGAGGACGGACUGCAACCCCCAAGUUAGAAAAUGGCUGAUCAACUUAUCCAUAGAAACAAAUCUAUAUUCAUAUUUAAACAGACUUUGUUACAGUUUUACUUACAUAAAUCAAGCAUUUGUUUGUUACUAUUAAUAGAUCAUUAUUAGUGAGUAUAGCGCUUUAGAACAAGAGUAAUACUGGUAUUACCACUUCACUUAGUCUUAAGUACUGUAAAUACUCACGUGUGUCAAUGAUUUAGUGUGUACCUGAUCUCACGAAUUUCAAUCUGGCUUAAUAUAAACAAAUUAAAUUGCAUCUUUGGUUUGAGUUGUGUAUUUACAUUUUGUUCUAGCAGUUAUCCAAGUCUAAGGAAGAGUUGGUGGUGUGUGCUGCCACAAACGUGUAGGCUUUCACGCUCGCGAUCAGCAAUAUAUAAUUCACAAUGAAUGAUGCAAUUGCAAUGCUUUCGAGCUUUAUCUAGUCUAAAGAACAUGUUUAUUGGUAGAAAAGGUGGCUGUUUGUAUUGUAUGUUUAUUUGUUUUGAGAUGAUGUAUAUAAUGUACUUUGCAGGGACAGUUUGUUCGUUUAGUGUGUGAAUGUUAAUGAAUGUCCUAUUGUUUACAAUGGACUCUUUAUCUUGACCUCUUGGUUCUGACCAUCUUACCUCUCACCGUUCACUGUCUCUCGCGGCUAACGUAACCAACUGACAGGAGGGAACAUCCCCAUACACUUGGCUCCAAUUGUUGUCUGAAUUGAAUAUUUGGUACACUGGUAAAUCAGUGUCAGAGAGAGGAAGCCUGUGAGGAUUUUAAUUAUGCCCUUAGCCAUUGCCUGCUAUCCGUAUGUCACCCAUCCAGUGCUGGCGAGGCCUACUGUGUUUGAACGUGACUGACCAAGUGACUUGCACAAAUCAUAAACUAUGUUACACAUUUAGUGCACAUAAACAUAUAAAAAAUGACUCAACGUGCGACUUCUAUUUAAAGAGUAAUUUUUGUUUUUACACAAGGCAGAAGGCUUCUGACUCUUGUCAUCAAUCUUAAGAGUUGUUCUUUGAAUAUAUCAUUUAAACCUACUAGUUUUCCCUGAAACGCGACCCGCCAAUAUGCUUACAACUAAAUCCUUAUUUACUACUGGAUGCACAGGGGCACACAGCUAAGGUUCAGUGCCCCAGUUGACCCUCCCCACGCGAAGGUCGAAUUCGGCCGUAAUUGCUUGCGCGCGCUCUACUCCCAUACCACAACUCCCUAAAGGCAGAUGAUGGGAAGACUAUAUCUGCCAAAAUGACCUAAAGCGCAAUCGGUUCACAACCUAUUACUCCCGGGUUCGAUUUCCGGAAAGGACGAACGUCCUUUAUGAACGUCUAAAGCCUCCGUCCACCCAGCAGCAAAUAAGUUGCCAGAGGUAGGCGACUGUUGUUUUCAUUGUUGCCGUCGGAGGCGGCUAGUUUAUUGUGCACCCUAUACUCAUCAUGUUAGCAGUAGCGCAAAGAGCAUUACAGAGGGCACGAAAGGUCUUUAUCAGACCUCAACGGAGAUUAUUACACUGUUGUGGGGGGUUACAUCCUGGGGUAUGGUCAGUCGUUAGUCAGGAGGACAGACAGUAGAAACACAUACUUGUCAGCUUCGGGUUUAGGCUCCGUAUGGAAAACAACACUCAAUAGACCACAAAAAAAUAGAAGCAAGUUUAAGCUAAAUUUAAUACGAGGCUGGUUAGCAUGACAGCAUCUAUGGAAGUGACAAGCAUAAUAUGUUUCUAUACAUAUAAUUGUAUCAAUGUGAUAGAAAGGUACCUUGCGAAGAAACUUUCUUAAUGACUUGUGAUCUUGUCGUGAAUGAGUUUUGGGUGAAAAUAUAAGAUUUGCAGUGUGUUUAUUUAUUACUUUUAAGAUUCAAAUACAAUAAACCUUUCCUGAAGGAUCAAAAGAUGAAAAGGAGCUAAAGACCAAGAUUAAAUAGCUUAGCGCAACAUAAUAUUAACACAUAAAUGUGUAUUAACACAUAUUUGUACUAUCUUCAAAAUACAGCCUAGCACCUAAGGUGGAAGAAGUUGGAUGUGGCGAAAGUUAUAUGUUAGGAAGAUACUGUAUUGUGAUUGGUCGUGUGAUAUUUUUAAUGUGUAAUUAUUUAAUAUCUAUAACAUUUUUUUGCUAUAGUACUGACUUCUUUCUUAUGGAUUGAUGUCUCCUCACUACAUGAAAGUGGAAAACGGGGUAAUGAUACGUAUUACAGAAUAUAUAUGUAUAUAUAUAUAUAUAUAUAUGUUUCAAAUAAAGCCUUUAUAUUACA